AACCGUCGGAGUUCAGUAAGCGAACGGCUCUUAACGGCCACGGACGUGUUUUUCGUGCACUUCGGUUCCCGCGCAUGCAUAUAUACAACAAUAUAUAUGUACUAUCCGCGACUGAGACUCGCGAGAGACAACACUGUCGUCGGGAGUACGCAGUCGGUGAUCGGCGACCGCGGCGACGUGACAGCGACGCUAGUCGGAUCGCGCAACAGCAACAGCGACACAGAUCCGCUUCCCGAGCAUUGCACCACCAACAUCAACACCACCACCAUCACCACCACCGCCAACACCACCACCACCACCACCCGCCUGCAUUAUUACCGCAUCCAUUCUUCCUGUGACCAAAACAAAACGUCGUCCUUCCACCACCCCCGUCUUCAACCCCCGUCUCAUUUCGGUUUCGGUCCUUCAUCUUCGUUCCCGCAACUGUGGCUUUAAUCAAUCAAGCUGGAUUCCAACAAGCAGUACGUGUCGCGAUUACAUCGCGGCUACCGGAGGCUUAAGAAACUAUUCAAGCGUGUGGCGAACCAGGCGCUUACCGUUUCGCCACAGCCGGCAGUAACGGUGGAGGGGCCGGUAUCCAGAAUGUCUCCACCGACAAACGACGUGACUAACAGCGUGGUGGCGCCGCCCACCACCCUGGCGCCCCGGGUUCCGCCAACCGCGAGCCCGUCCCUCGACACCAUCAACCCACCGACGCACAAGCGUACCCCAAAGGACUUCAUCUUUGGCAAGGUGAUCGGCGAAGGGAGUUUCUCUACCGUUUAUCUUGCGAAGGAUAUCCACACCAGCAAGGAGUACGCGAUCAAGGUGUGCGAGAAGCGUCACAUAAUCAAGGAGAAGAAGACCGAGUACGUGAAGCGCGAGAAGGAGGUGUUAAACAUGCUCGCGGACGCCGAACACUCGUUCGUGCGCCUGUUUUGCACCUUCCAGGACGUGGAGAGACUAUACUUCGUCCUCUCGUACGCUAAGCACGGCGAGCUCCUACCCUACAUCAACAAAGUGGGCUCGUUCGACAUCGAGUGCACCAGGUUUUACUCGGCCGAGAUCCUGCGCGGCCUUGAGUACCUGCACGGGCUCGGAAUCAUUCAUCGGGACCUCAAGCCCGAGAAUAUUCUGCUGAACGAGAAGAUGCAUGUGCUCAUCACCGACUUCGGCAGCGCCAAGAUCCUCAAGGACGAGCCGGAGCCGGUGCUGACGGAGGUGCCCGCCUCGGACGACGCCGAGAGGAAGGAUGAGGAAGAAUACCGCAGGGAACGCAAGGGCUCCUUCGUCGGUACCGCUCAGUACGUGUCACCGGAGCUGCUGACGGAGAAGACGGCGAGCAGGGCGUCCGAUCUUUGGGCUCUGGGCUGCAUCGUCUACCAGAUGGUCGCUGGUCUGCCGCCAUUCCGUUCUAGGAGCGAGUACAUGAUAUUCCAGAAGAUCGUGAAACUCGAGUACGAGAUACCGGACGGUUUUAGCAAGCUGGCCAAGUCGCUCGUCAGUCAGCUCUUGGUGCUGAACCCGACGCAGCGGCUAGGCGCCCAGGACGAGCACGGUGCUGGCUAUCCCAGCAUCCGGGCGCAUCGCCUCUACGAGGGCGUCGAUUUCGAGACCCUUCACGAGCAGACACCGCCGCAGAUCUAUCCGUACUUGCCCGGCACGUCGGAGCACGAAGAACUUAGGUCGCAGUACCGGGUGCCUGACAAUCUUGAACCCGGUCUCGAUGAUAAGCAGCUCACCAGGCUUCUCGGGCUGGGCAUCGGCGAGGACACCGAUGAGGACGACGACGCCAGCAACGUCACUACCACCACCACCACCACCGGCACGGAUCGGCGCGCUGUCAGCGCGCCCGUCAGCAGGACCACCUCCGCAACCUCGGCGGAUAAAUUGAGGAGGCGGACCAACAAGCCCGGCGGCUCCAACAUCGCCGACGUCAUGCCGGAGCAGAUGAGGACCCGGCUGGAGAAACAGCACUCUACGAAUCAAUGGAACACCUUCGUCGAGGGCAAUCUCAUACUGAAACAGGGCUUCGUCAAUAAGAGGAAGGGCCUGUUCGCUAGGCGGAGGAUGCUCCUGCUCACUAACGGACCGCACUUGUACUACGUCGAUCCCAUCAACAUGGUGCUCAAGGGCGAGAUACCCUGGAGUCCCGAGCUGAGGGUCGAGCCGAAGAACUUCAAAAUCUUCUUCGUCCACACGGUAGGUUCACCAAACAGGACAUACUACCUCGAAGAUCCCGAGGGAUACGCAUUAGAGUGGUGCAAGGCUAUCGAGGAGACCCGAGUCCACUGUUACGGCCUGCAGGAGACGACGACCACCUCUUAAAUCCACGUAGUGGUUCGAGAGAGAAUUCAAAAGACAACGUAAAACAGUGGUAAAGUCCGCGAGUGGCGAUCGUUAACAACCGGUCCCGACGAGAAGGGACGGCGAAUCGCGAUUCAUUCGCCCCAACGCAUAGCCCAUUGUAAAAAGGACUAGAUUAGUAGACUCCCAUCGCGUGACGAAACGCGCGUGCGUUCUUGUACAGUUUAGGUGAAAAUUCGUUAGGCAAGAAUUCCGAGUCGCCACUUCCGUCGUCGUGCGGCGAUCAUUGUCUCAUUUACGUUUGCUAUUUAUUUGUCGACCCUCUUAGAAGAGAAAUCGCAUCAGUCAUCGCGCGAGAACCGCACGACGCGCGCGCACGGACGCGUAUGAAGUCGCGUGCGCGUGCACGAGGAGGACGGAGGAGGAUUUAGAGAAAUUUUUAGCCAAGGCUUUUCGCCGGGCGUAUUUGCAGCGUCCCGCUCUCGCCGUGUGGCGUAACGCGUUUCGUGCGAUCGAGGUCGUCCGAAGAAGAAGAGGUGGAAUAAAGAGUUCGCGUGAGAUCAUGCAAAUUCCUGAUGUUUACGAUUCCUGCGAUGCGCAAUCCGAAUCCCCCGCACACGAUUAAAUUUCCACGCGCGAAAUUUGCUCUCGGAAAAAAACAAAAAACGAAAUAGACGAAAAAGAAAACAAAAUCCAGCAAUCCAGAAUCCGGUUUUCAAGAUGGAAAAAGAUGGUUUUUCUUGCACGAGAGACGCUCCCUUGAUCGCUUUAACACGCGUCACACGGUGUUACAUCGUAAUAUAUUAUUCCCAAGCAUAGUCGAAUUCAUGACGUCACGUGUGACAAAUGCUGGACGUGACAUUUAGACAUGGAAUUAAAAAUCGCGCGCGACUUCAGCGUGUGUGUGUGUGUGUGUGUGUACACACACACACACACACACAUGUCCACGUCGCCGCGAAUUUAGAUGUCAAUUUUUUAGUCAAGAUUAGCCAAAAAGAGAAAAAAGUGAGAGGAGAACGAAAGACGCAGUGGAAAGAUAACGAGUCACCGUGCAGCUUUAACGAAACAAUUUUACGUUGCCUGGAAAAAAAAGAUUCCCUGGAAUCUCGCGACAUUCCGCGGACGAUCUUUGCCCUCUUCGCGGUGUGCACACACACAUAGUAUUUCUUCGCGCUCAUCCAAAUUCCCACCUUCAUUCGUGCUCCGGUAACUUCCCCCCGCGUAUCAUCAUCCGUGAGUAAAUGUAUGUAAAUAUCAAGGCGCAUUUCUGCGAAGAGCAGGCUGCGUAAAGGCACCUUGUAACAUAGUAGAUACGUAAGUAGAAGAAAAGAUUAUCGUUGUCUUGCCACGGCGUACUUGCAUUUCCGCUUAAGUUCCAACUUCUCGUCGUCUGGCCCUCGCGGACUCGAGCGUGCGAUCGGUUGACUAGAUGAAAAUUAUUGAGGGAUCGAUCGGUGCUUGCUUGCUUGUUUUUCGUUUUCGCACGUUCGUUUGUACAAAGAGACGAAAGAGCGGUGGAGAAAACGGGGAAAUGAGAUGGACUUUGUUCUCCCUCCCGCAAAAGACUACACGCCUGAGGAAGGACUCUAGAUAGCAAUAUAGACUUUCACGUAAAUUUAAGGGACGCUAGUAAAAUUCAGUUAGUGUAUGUAUCGGUUAUGUCGUUGUUGUUAGUGCGAUUAUUAACGUAUGAUUUCUAGCGUUUAGCGACGAGACAUCGCGAUUAUUAUUGCUCGCUCGCACGAGACUGCCACAGUCGAUGUGCACGAGCAUAUUACGAGUAUUCAUUUCCUUUUCCUCGCAUAUACGUGUAAGUUAGAUUACUCGAUGGAACGGCCUCGCGUUUCGUUAAUUUAUUUCCGCGCACCACGUUACUCUUGCCUCGAAUUAUUUAUUAUUAAUUUCGUUUUUGUUCGUCCCCUCCCCCACCCCCCCAAGUACCGCGCGCUACGCGAGGACCGCGGCACCGUUCGUGUAGAGAUUACAGACUAGUUACUAUCGCUACCACCACUGCGACUUAUAUUUACUAUUUAUAUCAUUAUCGCUACUAUACUACUACUCCUACUAUAUACUAUUAUCUUAUUACUAUUGUCACCACUGCGCUGCGUUGUUAACUGCGUGUUACUGCGUACAUAUACAUAUAUUAUAUAUAUAUUCUAUAUUACACAUAAACUAUUGUCGUUAGAGCUAGCUGUUUUUUUUUUUAGGUAUACGCGUUGUAUUGUAAAUACGUACUGCCGCGUUGAAUGGGACGGAAAUAUCGAGAAUAAUCGAGACGCGAUUCGACACCGUGACAUCGCACGAGCGAGCCGUAGUCCGAUCGUGUACAAUACUUGUAUAUAGUUACUAUACACAUAUGCAAAUAAUAUAUAUAUACAUAGAUAGGUAGAGAAUAUUAUAUAUAUACAUAUAUUUAUGGAGAAUGUGAAUAGUAGGUAGGGAACGAAACACUGUAUAGACACUCGUAAGUUGAAACCGCGUUUAGGCUUAAGCUUCGUUGAUUCUCGGCACGGCUCGUUCGCGAUUCCGCUAUAACGACAAAUCUCUUUUACUCUUUCUCCCCCUUUCUCUCUUUCUUUCUAUCUCUCUGCGUAAACGCAUAAGACGUAAACAGGGUAUUACGGGGGGGAGGGAUGGCCGGGCUGUCGCGGUGACUGCUGCGCGUUUCUGCCGCGCGAUGUUCGAAAAAAUGGUGAUCCGUUCUCUUACGGAUCGGCAUUGUCCUCGCUGCCCAGCGACUUCGUCAAAAUGACCGCUUUUGGCAGGUCGUGCACGGUGCGGGCGGACGAGAUUCGCGGCAAACGCGGGAGUAGCCGUUGCUGACAUUCCGGCCGAGUUCCUCUUCUUCUUCUUCUUUUUCCUCUUCUUUUUCGUGAAAACCGAUCGCGAGGGAGAGUGUUAGUUCCUGGUUCAAAGUUGCAGGCGGAUCGCGUCUCGAUAUCACAACGUGUAAUCUCUCUGCCGCAAACGAAGCGCCCGUGUCGUCGCGGAAUUUUGGUUCAUACCGCGCGAAGUCGAAAUAUAUAAUAUAUUUUUUCGAACGUAGGGACAGAUAUAAUAUAUUUCCGAGUAUAAUGUAAAUAUCGUAAUACGUCGACAUUGCGCUUCAUUCUCGGAUAAAGAGAGAGAGAGAGAGAGAGACAGACAGACAGACAGAGUGAAAAACGGAGAGGGAGAGGAAGAAAGAGAGAAAGUAUGUGCUACAAUCCGAUCGCCGAUAUCUCGUACCUCACACACGUCAGAGUCUCUUUCCUGUUUUACUUUUCUACACAUACGAGAUAGGGAGAACGGAUCGCAUGUGUGUGCGCGCGCCCGCGCGUCGUUUCCAUCGCGGCAGACUUUGCAGGUCCUACGUUUUAUGCAGGCGUUGCAAACUCUCAGAUGGGAACGCGCGCUCCCCGCCGAUGCCACAUCGAUCUUUCGAGAGAAGGGCGCGAGGAGGCGGAUGAGUCUGCUCGCAGAACCCCGCUUCUUUCGGGGUUUCCGUCGCCCUUCGGAAGCGUGCGGCUUCGACUCACCCUCUCACCUUGUAUCAUACAGUAAGAUAAUCGAAUACGCGAUCCGUAUGGACGCACGGCGAGGCGCCUAUGUUCACUAAGAGAAAAUAGUUAAUUCGACUAGACUAGGAGAAUGUGUUAUAUCUCGUGGAGACGAAUACUUAAGAAUCGGAACACCUCUAUACCAUCGCGAGACGUUUACGUAUCUGCGAGACACGCAAGCAAUAACAGCAAGGCCUUGCGAACAUUUCAGAUGCCUACUGUUUCGAUACAGCAGAAACGCUUCAACUAUUAAUUGCAGUAUUAUUAAAUGUAUACAGAUUAAGCAUAACACACGACAUUCACUCGCACACAACACACACACACACACACACCAUAAAUAUACACGGACACGCAACUGAUGAGAAGACUUUGUAAAUAGUUAGCACGUAAUUGAUAUCAUAAGCGCCAAGAUCUAUUAAGAGAGGAUACCGUCAAAUUUAUUUAUAGUAAAUUUUCCGAAAUAUCGCAUAAAUCUGUGUUCUCGAUUCACCCUGCAAAAACGCCUUAUCCCAAAAUGUUCCUUCAGUGCAUCGUAUCGUGUUCGUCUUGUUGUUAUAUAAUAUAUUAUGUAAUAUAGUUAAUAUAAGUUACGCAAUGUUAUGUAAGUACGAAAAUCUCUCUAUAUAAUUCUCUAAAGGAGUAAUUUAUUGGAUGAGUGCAAUAGUCUUGGCUCUUUUUUAUCAAAAAGUUCUUUCGCGAACGAAAACGCUUAUUUAAUCAUUUAUGUAAUUAUUUUUGUUUUCUAUACACACAGUGUGACAAUAAAGUUCCUGAAUUGAUAAAAUUA